AUGGCGCGAACUCGUACGUCACCCACACAUGCCGAAGGAGGUAGUAUUGUUGCCGGGCGCUUUCUGACCGUCUUGGGUCCAGAUCAUCUGGAGAUGAACUUGCCAUUGAACAAAACCGCAAGCAAGGCGGUUGGCUCUCGCGCUUCAACGAUUCUGGCGGCCAGCGUUCGAGGCGGCAGGGUCGAGAAGGCGACAUCACACCUACAAGCCGCAAGCGUGGCAAGAUCGAGACACCAAGUUCCGCUCAAGCAGUUCGGGUCGUUGUCGGCCCGGCAGCUGCAUGAGCUGAAUGUCAAGAAGGACGAGAGCUUGAUCCGCCGCGCAAAGUCGAUCAUGGCUAGGCCAUCGCUAUGGGGCUCUGGGAGUGCGUUUGUUACGGCCUCACCGCAGCCGCCCAUUCGUCUCGCCCAGAAGCGCAAGGCAGACACUAUUAUGGAGCAGUGUGAGCCCAAGCGCAGACUGAUACAGUCCGAGCAGGGUUCAAACAUCAAGCAACACAGCGAUAGUGGCUUGACGGUAAGCUCAGCAUCGCCAAGAGCGUUGUAA